AUGCAGAGUUUCCUGAAGCUGCUGCGGGACAGUGGAGGUGCCAGCCCAUCUGUGGAGGAGCUGGUGAGCCUCGCGGGUAGGCUGUGCCAGUACCUGCAGGACGACCUCACCCAGGCACAGCCCUUGGUCAGGGCUGUGCUGGAGAGCCAGCUCCGCCUGUACUUCCUGAACAACAAAGUCGUGGUGCUGGUGUGUGCCCGCGUGCUGGCCAAGCAGGAGCAGCACAAGGCCGCCUGCCAGCUGUUGGAGGGAUGCUGUGUUCCAGGAGGCAGUGAGGAGCUGGUGCAGCUCUGGAAUGACAUUCACUACCAUUUGGAGAAGAAGAGGCUGGGCGUGGCCACGCUGAGCUCCGGGCAGAAGUUCCGCUGCAGGAGGAGGAACCCGCCACCCCCCUCCCUCUGCCCUGACGGACUGAAGAGCCGCAGCUACCCCAGGGAGGUUCGCCAGAAGUUGCACAGCUUCGCCUCGGGUGUGAGCAGCAGCCCCAGCAGGGCUGAGCGGGAGGCCCUGGCUGCAGAGACCAGCCUCACCAUGGAGCAGGUCUACUACUGGUUCGCCAAUUACCGCCGGCAGCAGAAGCAGAGGCUCCAGUGUUUAGAGCCCCAGCCCUCAGGCCACCACCACCCCGGCUUCGUGGGUGGGCACCCACCUCAGUGGGCAGAGCGAGGCUCCGUCCACCAAGGGACAGUGUUCGUGGGGCUUCCCAGCUCUCUGCAGGGCGGCGAGAUGUAUCCGGAGGGGCCUGGCCGCGACCUAUCCACUGUCCCCAACGUCUACCCUGACCCUGGCUUCGCUGGACUGGCUGCCCGCAGCGACUUGCUGGACCCUUCAGCUGUGCCCGAGCCCUGGCUGGUGUCCCUCACACCUGCGUCCUCCUGGGACGCUUCCGUUCAGCCUGGACAGCUGGUGCACAGUCACGGGCCGCACUUCUGGAUGCCUCCUUCGGAUGCUUCUAUGUCGGUGCCCAUUUCCACUGUCACCGAGCCCAGCUCCACAGGGCUCCCUGACCUGCCCGGCAGCCACCCCCAGAGCACAUUCCUGGAGGAGGGUCCGGGCACCAGCGUCAGCCAGGCAGGCAGCUUCCUGGUGACACAGCCCACACCACAGGCUCCGGAGUUGGUCCUGCCCCAGAGCCUCCCGGAGCUGGCUCCUACCCCGUCGACCUUUCCCCGGCCUGUGCCUGCUGGGGAGCUGAGCGAGGCCCUGCCGUCCAACCAGGUGCCGUGGUCUGACUGCCAGGCCUCCAGCGAUGACUUCUGGAUGACCAGGUUGAUCCUUGAGCUUUCGGGGGACAACAGGGGCUGAGCUGCCCCCGGGAGCCAGGCCAGCAUCCCAGGGAAGACAGGUGUGGACAUUCGACCGUUCAGUACAAGUUACAGAACCUCAUCCUGAUGAAAAGAGGUUCCCGUGUUCCCUGGGGGCUCUGCUGGGAGGUGUGUGCGUCCCUGGUCUCCGCCGUGUUUAUGCAGUUGUUUGGCAGCUCCCGAUGUUGGAGGAAGCGUUUGAGAAAUGUUUGUGGAUCCCAAGUCGAAGGGGUGUGUUCCACUCAGGCCACGGCAGACGUUAGUGCCACCCCUGAGCAGUUGUGGGCAGGAGACUGUUCCCCUGCCGGCCACCCUCCUGCCCGCCCUGCGCCAGGCCAGACUCCCCCAGCUAACGUGGUGAGUGGGAUGUGGAAGUGUGCUGUCAAUUCUGUGCCUGUGGUGCCUCUCCAAGUGGCGUGGGGUGUCUCAGCAGGGUGGUGGGUGCCUUUCAGUCCAAGGCUGUAAUCCGUUAUGUUUGCCACAUGUUCUGUUCAAUUACAUUAAAGUUUCAUGGUCUGGA